GCCAGAGCGGUGGGUGUUGGGGGCGGGGGGGUGGCACCCAGCACCCCUGGGAGCCGUGGAUACCAGCAGCCCGGUGCUGAAGGAGUUACAAGGUCGGGGUGCUGGUGUCCCUCGGGGCGUCCCCGGUGCCGAGCAGAGCGGGCAGGAUGGUCCCGGAGAGCGGAGGGGCCGAGCCCCUCCCCGGCUGGUACCUCCGGGACGAGGACACCGGGACGCUCUACAAGAGGGGACGGCUCCUGGGAGAGGGCACCUUCGGCCGCUGCUACCAGGUGACAGAGGUGACCAGUGGCCGGCUCUACGCGGCGAAGGUGAUCCCGAGAGCCCGGCUCGCUGCCGCGGGCAUCGGGGACAGGGUGGAGCGGGAGCGGGAGCUGCAGUGUCGCCUGCGCCACCCGCACAUCGUGCGCCUGCACGGGCACUUCGCCGACCGCGGCCACCUCUACCUGCUGCUGGAGCUCUGCAGCCGGGGGGUGAGACUUGCACCCCGAAACCGAGCUCCUGCACCCCGAAACCGGGCCCUUGAACCCUGAAAUUCUGCACCCCAAAACUGAGCCUGAACACCCCAAAGCCGAGCCCUUGAACCCCAAAACUGAGCCUAAAAACCUCAAAACUGAGUCUCUGCUCCCCAAACCCGAGCCCUUGAACUCUGAAAUACUACACCCCAAAACCGAGCCCUCGAACCCCUAAACUGAGCUCCUACACCCAAAACUGAGCCACUGAACCCCAAAACUGAGCCCCCUCAGGCCGGGGCUUCAGCAAGGCCCAGUCUGGUGCCUUGCUCUGUCCCCAAGUCCCCCUCGCUCUGUCCAAGUCCCUGCCACAUUUCAUUUUCCCCAUCCCUCCUCAUUGUCCCCAGUCCCUCCUCACUGUCCCCAGUCCCUCCUGUGUCCCCAGCACUGUCGCUCUGUCCCUAGUCCCUCCUGUGUCCCCAGCGCUGUCGCUCUGUCCCCAGUAUCUCCCCACUGUCCCCAGUCCCUCCUCACUGUCCCCAGUCGCUGUCUCUCUGUCCCCAGUCCCUCCCCACUGUCCCCAGUCGCUGUCGCUCUGUCCCCAGUCCCUCCCCACUGUCCCCAGUCGCUGUCGCUCUG